AUGGCUGCAGUGAAACCUAAACGCGGAAGACGAAAGGAGGGACCUACAGUUGUUGUCAUCGGUGCUGGAAUGGCUGGUCUGGGAUGUGCACGGCAAUUGGAGAGUCUAUUCCGCCAGUACCGCAACGCAGAUGCCUUGCCCCGGGUCAUCGUACUUGAGGGACGUCAGAGGAUCGGUGGACGUAUUUAUUCACAUCCAUUGCACAGCAUGAAGUCGAAUAAUCUGCCUGAAGGGCUUGUUCCGAAAGCAGAGAUGGGUGCUCAGAUCAUCGUCGGUUUCGAUCAUGGCAACCCACUGGACCAGAUAGUACGAGGCCAGCUGGCACUCCACUACCACAAGUUACGGGACGUUUCGACGAUUUACGAUAUCGAUGGAACCCCCGUGAACGAAGUCCAGGACUCAAUGGCGGAAAAACUCUACAACGAUUUGCUUGAUCGCACCGGAUUUUAUCGCCACAAAGCACAGAUUGUGCCCACUGCCGAAGGAAACCGCGAACUGAUUGAUUCUGGCCGCGAAUCGGUGGUGGAUGAUGGACUUACCAUCCGACAGUACGAAGAGGCAAGAGCAGCUGGCACAAUCGAUUUAUUGGUCCCUACCAAACGAGUUCGACGAGGGAUAAAGCACAAGACCGCGGAAAACAAGCCAUCUGUCGAUGUGGCGAGCGAUCUAGCGGGAAAUGAGGAAGAUGACCCCGCAGCGUUGACCUGCCAGAAAACUGGAUGGCAGCUCAAUCCGGGUUACACUGUGAAGGACACCAUUGAAUUGGACCAGAUUGCUAGAGCAUCCCAGGCGCAGACACUCGGUGCGGUUAUGGAUGAGGGCGUCAAGCAGUAUCGACGCAUGCUUCCGGUGACGCCCAAGGAUAUGCGAUUGAUGAACUGGCAUUUUGCUAAUCUUGAGUACGCCAAUGCAACCAACAUCAACAGGCUCAGCUUGUCGGGAUGGGACCAGGAUAUCGGGAAUGAGUUCGAGGGUGAGCAUUCCCAGGUCAUCGGCGGAUACCAACAAUUACCAUACGGGCUAUACACGCUGCCUGAAAAGCUCGACGUCCGCACUGGCAAGAUCGUCACUGAUAUCUCGUACGACGCAACUGGGUCCGACAAGACACAGAAAUCAGUUGUACAAUGCCAGGAUGGCGAGAAGUUUCUAGCAGAUCAUGUCGUAUUUACCGGGUCCCUUGGGGUCUUGAAGCAGGAAAAGAUCAACUUCCAGCCUCCUCUUCCUGACUGGAAGCGAGGGGCAAUUGGUAGACUGGGGUUCGGAAUCAUGAACAAGGUUGUCUUGGUCUUCCAAGAGCCAUUCUGGGACACCAAACGGGAUAUGUUCGGCCUUCUUCGUGAGCCAGACAACCCUGCCACAAUGAUACAAGAAGAGUACGCGGCGAACCGCGGCCGUUUCUAUCUGUUCUGGAACGUCAUGAAAACCACCGGACUUCCAUGCUUGAUCGCUCUCAUGGCCGGCGAUGCAGCGCACCAAGCGGAAAAGACACCAGACGAAGAAAUCGUCACGGAGGUCGCCGGCCAACUCCGUAAUAUCUUCAAAGACACUACAGUGCCGGAUCCACUCGAGACCAUCAUUACUCGAUGGGGCCAAGACCCAUUCACGUACGGCAGCUACUCCUACGUCGCCGCAGCUGCCUUCCCAAACGACUACGACGAGAUGGCCCGCCCAAUCGGCAACCUCCACUUCGCCGGCGAGGCCACCUGCGGCACACACCCAGCAACCGUCCACGGAGCCUACCUCUCCGGGCUCCGCGCCGCCUCGGAAAUAAUCGAGCCAGUCUCCGGCCCCAUCGAAAUGCCCCAGCCUCUCGUCCCCGAGAAGGGCAAAGUGAUGCACAGCAAAUCAUCCACACCAAUCCGCGGAGCAAAGAAAACAAGAACAACAAGAGGCUCCUCCUCCCUCUCCUCCACCGAAACCCCAUCGACAAACCCCAAACCCGCCUCAACCUCCUCCACCCGCAAACCAACCUCAACCGAGAAAUCCCGCCGCGACGCCUACGACCAAGCCCUCUGGACAACCAUCUACGCCGAGCUCGGUCCGGCACCCCCUCGCCCCGCAAAAACAGGCCUAAACCCCUUCCUCUUCUAUCAAAAAGACUACUGGACCCAAUGCCGCGACCAGUGCGACGCAGCCCGCCGCGCAGCAUCCAAUAAUCCCAACGCAAAGGCUCCCCGCGACGAAAUCCGCGCCGCCCUGGGCCAGAUGUGGCGCUCUGCUACACCGGAGGUGAAAAAGCCCUACAUCGAGCAGACGGAGGCGAAUCGUCGUGCUAAUGCGGAAGCGUGGGAUAAGUGGAAGGUUGAUAUCGCUGAGUGGGAGCGGAAUACUUUUGUUGUGAAGGAUCGCUGGUGUGCGGAGAAUCCGUUUGCUGGGUGGGUUGUGCCGGAUUAUCUGGCUGAUAAUGCCCCGUCUGUGCCUGUGCUUGCCACGGCUUUUCCGGGUGAUGCUGUGAAGUCUGAGAAGUGA